AAGAAGAAGCAGAAGGUAAAAAAAAAAAAGAAAAAAGAAAAAAGAAAAAGUCGGACUGUGAACUGACAAAUAUAAAGAUGCUGGAUGAAAGCCCAGAGGCGGCAUCGCGCGUUUGAAAUGUCUGCUGCAGCUGAUUUUGGGGCCAGUAUGCCGGCGUUUUUUUGUCGAAUAACGAGAGACCUGCACAGAUGUUGCUGCUGCUGCCGCUGCUGCUGCUGCCGGUAUGUGAACGACUUCACACACUGAAGGUAAUAAAAAAAACCGGCUCGGUAUUUUUCUCUUGAAUUUGUUUUUUCCCCCUCUCCCUCUCUCUUUCUCUCUCUCUCUCUCUCUCUCUCUUUUUCUCUUGCAUCAAUUUGAUGCUGCGUGAGGCUGCUGGGCGAUGAUGCAUCGUUGGGGUUUGACUGUGUGAAUUCGCAUCAUAUCAAGUCUGUUUACCCUACUCGGAAAUGUAAAUUCGAGCAAUCAAGACAGUUUUCUUUUUUUUUUGCUGAGCCACCUUGCGACAAUUUUUUUUUUUUUUUCUAAAAAAUGCCUUAUUUCGACGCGAGGUGAGAGGAUGCCUGUAGCUGUGAUUGUGUCAUUGCUGCGGCACACUCCGGAGCUCCUCGGCUCAAGACAGACACAACUAUCCUCAGCUGAAGAGAAGACAGCAAGCUGGCAAGUGCUUCAUCAACCAACAUAAGCCAUACCAGGCUGUGCAUGUAUGUGUGGGGGGAAAGGCCGACUCUCUCUGACACUCUCAAGGGAGGAAUCUAUAACACUGAGGUUCCCAUCCCCAAAUCCGUCUGAGGACUGCUGUGAGCUUACAAGCUUCCUGAUGAUUUUUGGAGGGCAGCCCUGAUGCAUCUUGUGAGUGUGAACACUCAGAGAGCCUUUUGCCAGGUUUGCAUCACCAGACAGGAGACGGAGCAGACGGUAACUCUGUGUGUGUCAUGUUAGAGGCUGGACUCUCGCCUGCCCCCUCCAACUCUCAGCCAAAAAAAUCUCUGACCUGCCCUGUCAGAGCCCCUCUUGCAUGAGCAUCACCGCUUUGCCACAGCAGCACAACAGCAAACAGUGUAAAAGCAGCACCCCAAAUUUUUUUUUGCAGACAUUAUUGUUUGUGUGAGCUCCUGGGGAAAAAAAAAAAAAAAAAGGUUUCACCCAGACACCCAAAAUAAGAGACAGCGGAAACAACCAGGGUCAGGAUGCAGGUGUCCUUCGCCUGCACUGAGCACAACCUCAAGAGUCGCAGUGAGGACAGACUCUGUGGCCUUCGCACCGCUCCACCUCCUGGAGGAAGCAGCGGUGGGGUAGGGGGAGGAGGUGGAGGUGGUGGUGGUGGAGGAGGAGGAGGCGGUGGUAGUGGAGGAGGUGGCGGUGGAGGAGGUGGAGGAGGUAGUGGACAAGGGAGCAAUGGCAACUACAUGUCCCAAGGCUCGGUCAAGACCAGGGAGGGGUCCGGGUCCCGUCAGACUCCACAGGGUCAUGCCCACAUGAAGGAGGCCAUCGGGCGCCACACCAGUAUGAAGUACAGGAACCUCGGGAAGUCAGGCCUGCGUGUUUCCUGCCUCGGGUUAGGCACCUGGGUGACGUUUGGAUCACAGAUCCCUGAUGAGAUGGCUGAGAACCUGAUGACCAUAGCUUAUGAGAACGGAGUGAACCUGUUUGACACAGCGGAGGUGUACGCCUCUGGAAGAGCGGAAAUAACUCUAGGGAACAUUAUCAAGAAGAAGGGAUGGAGGCGUUCAAGUUUUGUCAUCACAACAAAGAUCUAUUGGGGAGGCCAAGCAGAGACAGAGAGGGGACUCUCCAGAAAGCACAUUAUUGAAGGUUUAAGAGGAUCCUUAUCAAGACUUCAGCUAGAUUACGUGGACAUUGUUUUUGCCAACAGAAAUGACGUCAACAGUCCGAUGGAAGAGAUUGUUCGGGCCAUGACGUUCGUAAUAAACCAGGGCAUGGCCAUGUACUGGGGCACCUCACGCUGGAGUGCCAUGGAAAUCAUGGAGGCAUACUCAGUGGCACGCCAGUUCAACCUGAUACCACCCGUGUGUGAGCAGGCAGAGUAUCACUAUUUCCAGAGGGACAAAGUCGAGGUGCAGCUUCCUGAGCUCUACCACAAGAUAGGUGUUGGAGCGAUGACCUGGUCUCCCCUUGCUUGUGGAUUAAUCACAGGGAAGUACAGCGAUGGUGUACCAGAGUGCUCCAGAGCAGCAAUGAAGGGAUACCAGUGGCUGAAGGAGCGAGUGAACAGCGAGGAGGGCCGCAGGCAGCUCGCUAAAAUCAAGGAGCUCCAUCUACUGGCGGACAGACUGGGCUGCACUGCUGCACAGUUGGCCAUAGCCUGGUGUCUGCGCAGUGAGGGAGUCAGCUCAGUACUUCUGGGUGUUUCUAAUACAGACCAGCUACUUGAGAACCUGGGUGCCCUCCGGAUUUUAUCCCAAAUGAACCCUCAAACCAUCACUGAGAUUGAUGCCCUGCUGGGAAAUAAGCCACACUCGAAGAAAGAAUCACGCGCUUGAAAAUGCAAAAUCUGAGUGACAGAUGAUGUUUCAAGAAGAGAGAUGAAGAAGACAACGACAUCGGGAAACAUCGCUUUUUGCUCUGCUGUAUACUCAACAACUUGCAUGUCCUCAGCAACAUUAUGCUUCCAGUAUGUGCGCAUAUCCAUUUUGCGCAGUACAUUAUAUCAUGUAUGAAAAAAAAAGAAAAGAAAAUCUCUCAAUUGUUAAAAAAAAGAAAACAAAAACAGGUCAUAUAAUGCUCACUGCCGAUUGUUCACAGACUAAUUAUUUCUACAGAGGGGGAGGUCAAAGGUCAGAGUGACAGGUCUCGACCAUCCACAGAGACCAAGAAAGGCUGAAAAAUAUUUAACUGUUGUCAAAGCAGAUUUGACUCUUGUUAAUCAAAUGUCCUAAAGUGGAAGAAGAAAGAAAAAAAACACCUCUGUGGUCAAAUGCAACUUUACUGUGUGAACAGUACAUUCAUUGGACAUCUGAGUCUCCUCCCCUUGCAGCUGCCUGUUAUUCUGUAUGAUGUUUAGUACCCAGCAGCCAGAGAGCCAAAGGUUAGUGUCUAGCCUAACAUUUCCCAUAGUGUGCAUGUGACUGGUCUGCCACGCUCACUGCUUUACAGGGUUGGGAACAAUGGAUUACUUGUAGAGUCGUGAUCUGACUGUAGAAAAAAAAAAAAAAAAAAAAAAACUUAAUCCAAUCUUACUUUCAAAAAAAGCUCAGAUCACAUGCUUAACACAAUUAUACACAUUCAGAAUUUUUUGGCACAAAUUCCAAAUUCCAAUGAAUGGAUCAUAAGUAGCAAAAAUAGCUGAAAGAUUGUCUUUGAGUACUUUUUGUGUCAGCUGCUAUCUCAAAUUGGCAACCAGGAAUGGAUAGUGAGUAAAACUUUGAAGGUAAAUUUCCCAACCCUGCUGCUUUCUCAGCAGUCUUUUUGCCUCCUCUGUUUGUAAAACUGUGCGCAUGUCCCUUUAAGAGAGAAAAGCCCUAACAGGGUGUAAAUGUGGCAUGGCUUUUAUGGCUUAUGUAGAUUUGCAGUGCCCUUGUAAGCCAUUUUUUUUUACUCUAAAUGGUCUGGCAGUUUGGUCCAAGGUCCGUGCUGGCGGGCACUCUUGCUUUAAUGACUCAGUCUGCAGACAUGGCUGUGUGUCCAUCUGACGUAUAAUCUUUGUAUCGUCCUCAACUGUAUCAAAAGAUGUUGACAUCACUUUCAACAAUGCUCAUUCUCGUGAAGAGCAUCGUUGUUCUUAAAUCAGAGGUUUGAGACAGCUGGACUAUAUGGAAAGGUCACUGAGUGUCUGACACAAUGAUUUGGACACAAUGUGGUGAACUAGUAGUUUUCCAAUGAUAAGACAUAAAUGAUAAGUUUGAGUUGAUCAAAUGUGAUAUAACUCUUGCCACAGGUCACUUGGGGUAAGAUUUAGCAGAUGUAACUUGUUUUUUUGUUUUUGAGGAAGCAUAAAAAUAUAGCUUCCCUGCUCAUUUCUCUGGGAGUUCUCUCUCUCUCUCUCUCUCUCUUGUUCCCUUGAUUCUUGCACACAUGCACAACUCAUUUUAUACUGUGCAUUUCAUGUCUUUUUCCCCUUUAGUUUUGUAUUGAUUUCAAUUCUUUGUAAUGUGAGGGGGAUUUGUUCCUUUUGUGAUUUCCCAUGAAAAUACCGCUACUCUCCAGGGCGGAGAGUGUUUUGAUAAAAGAAGCUGUUUUAGUUGGCACAGUUACAUUGUAAAUAGGCUUAUCUGUCUGGCAGUGAGAUAACGAGAUAAAGGUUACGUUUAUGAUUCAAGAAAGAAUUCCUGAAGGAGCAGCUGAAACUCUGCUCCCCUCUGUGACUCUGUACAGUCCGACUGAGUGUAGCUUCCAGUGUACAUAGAAACUACGUCAAUCAAACCAUGAAAAUGUAACUUUGCCUGCAUAACUUAUAUUUUACUGUCUUGCAACAAAGAGAAACCAAAAGAGGGAAGAGACAACUCAUACUGAAUGUAACAUGUCUGUUGCUCAAUCUAUGUUACCUAAAGGAAAAGCACAGAACGUGUUUUAAAGGUAGUUUCUUUUUGUGUUUCGUAAAAAAAAAAAAAAAAAAAUCUGCAAAGCUGUCAUGCAAACAUUUACAUUGAGAUUCAGGCAAAAGGUUGUCCACAGAAACUUCAUGCAUAUACGACAUCCUGGUAACUGAUCAAUUGCAAAGUCAAAAUGUGCUAAUCUGUCGGAUAAAAUUUUGUUUUUACUACUCAUAACCUGGACAAAGUAGCUGGAAUAGGCUAAUCAUAAUGUUGUAUUGAGGUGUAUUUAAACAAUACUGCAUUGGCAGUUGGUUCUUCAGGGCAACGUAAGUUAACCCUCCAUGUUCACGUUUGGAAUAAAUUAUUUAUUUGUGUAUAUGUACAGGGAUAUUAAUUUAUGAGCAGUAUAUAAACAGCUUAUCCCAAAAACUAUUCUGAUGUGGGCUAUAUAUGGUUUCUAGCAUUAUAAUCUCUGUUUCCAUUCUCACAUAUCAUGUGCUCCCAGGAUAUCAUAUUCUUUUUGGACGCUUCACUGACCACAUGAUGGACACACUCACUAAAAUUGCUUAUUAAGAAAUAGCUUUAUGUGCGCAGAAACUCUCUUUUCAGUCAGCAUUUUUAUGCAGAAGUAAAGUAAAACAAGCAGCAGUUGCUCCUUGACUUACAGAGAUUUCAUUUCAUUGUGGUUCAACAGUCCCUGAAAAACCGACACUGCUUGGCAGACAUGCUUUUACAAGUAGUCAGUGUUCAUAACUGAGCCAUAAGCCAACAAACAUGUAUGUAUGUAUUAUAGCGUGGGUGUUAUCUACUGGUGUCUACCGGUAGAUAACACCCACGCUAUAAUACAUACC